AUGGUUUUGGGCACGAGGCGGACAUUAGGCUGGCGCGAACUGUCUAUCACACUCGUCUUGUUAGUGGCCUGCCCGUUGCUCAGCCGUGGCGAGAUGCGUAAAUCGUGGCAGACCAAAAGUGUCGACGUGCAGGCACAGAUGCUUAAAGCCGCCCGCCUUGAUGAUCCACCGCAUGCGAAGCCCCCGGAACCGAGCUUCGCAGCGGAGGAGUCAAAUAAUGGGGCCGUUACCGAACGGCCGGACACACACUCCACUUCAGCCGGUGUCAAAGCUACGGACGAGCUUAAGGCUAAGCCUGCGGGUGUCUUCAGCAGUCGAGUGCGCAAUAAAUACGGAACCACCGUUGGAGCAGUUGCAACGGACAAACCAGUGGAGGAUGGGGUGACACCACAGCAGGAUGGCGUGCGCGCCGUUCCGCUGGGAUAUGCGGAUAGUCCCGAGGAUAUACAAAUAGACGACGCCACGGUGCAGGACGACGAUGACGAUGAUGAUGAGGACGACGAUGAGGAUGACGUGCUCGGUUGGAAUGGGACAAAAGGCGAUAAGGAUCAGCAGUACGAUCUGAUCAAGAACAUCCUGGAGGAGGUUGAGGGACGCAUUGCGGGGGAAAAGCGCGAUGAGGCGGAUGAGUUGGCGCGAUCGAAGGCGAAAAAGCCCACCGAGCGGGCGAAGGAGUACACGUUCCCGCCGGUACUGAACAUGACCAUUGAUGAACCGAACAACAUCGUGAAGGUUAAGCUAAAUCAGGACAUCGUGCGUGAUAUGCUAAACACUGGGCGUGAGGCGGGCGGUGGUAUCGGUGGCAAGAAGAUGCUACGCUAUGUGUUGCCCCUGUUCAUUCUACCGUUCCUGAUCCAGUCCGCCGUCAUACCGUUCAUGCUGACCGCGGUGAAAUUGUUCCUGCUCAAAUCGCUGAUGGCGGGCAAGCUGGCCAUCUUUUUGCUGCUGUUAGGUGCGUUCAAAAACUUUACCAAAAAGGAUCGCGACGUGUACGUCAAGGAUCUGCCCGACCGGCGGUACGAACCGUCGAGCGAAGGGUUCGCCUAUCUGGCCGAGGGACGGCCCAGCGGUUGGGUCAACUAG